CAAUAUCAAAAUAAUUGCUUAAGUACUUUAAAUUCAAAAAAUUCAAAAUCUUCCUGAGACAAUGUAUAGUUUUACAGUUAUCCAAAAAAUCCCUUUUAAAAUGUAGAUUUUCAAUCCCUAUGAACCAUGACGGUCCAUAUCUUUACAGAAGAAGAUAAUAAUGAAAUAUUUUUCCAUGAAUCAACUGUACCUGGAUUACAUUAGGAAAAAUUUAUAAGGAAAAACCCACUACAUAAAUCAUUGUAUGAGACAAAUAAAGGGGGCUGACUUAUUUCUAAGAAUCACUUAUCAUAUUAGAGUCAUACCAUGCUUUUGUGUUUUUUGAGAAAGUUUAAAACACACACACACACACACACACAAGCCUGACCUUCCAUGUUAUCAUCAAUAUUGUGUAUUGGCUCCAAGGUAGAAGAAUGGUAAUGUGGGAGAAACACACCAAAAUAGCAGGGUCUCACCUCAAGAAUGAUACCCCCAAACUCUGUUCAAUCCAGAAAUAAGGAAAGAACUUUAUUUAAAGAAGUGGUUUAUAGUGGUGUGCUAUGGCCCAUCUUCACCCCUGCCACCUUACCCCAGAAGGGGGAGAGAAGUAUUCCCUUUGGGCUUCUGGAAAGACAGGUGGGCGAAGAGAAAAAAUGUCCUCAGCAUGGUGGGGAAGGAGAAGGGAGCAGCUCCCUGUAAUCCCUCUGCCUUUCUAGUAACAAAUUCUAGUGGGCAAUGGCUAGCAUGCCCAUAGAGAGUUUUCUGUGUGUCCUUUUGGCAUGUGUGCCAUAGGUUCACCAUCACAGAUCUAGGGGCUAGUCAGUUAGCCUUGGGGCUGACAGAGAAACCUAGGAACUAGUAAAGCAACCUCUUUGGAGGUGAUAGUAUGGAAUAGUAGCUCCCCUGUAAAGUGGCAGCUUCAGUGCCCUGUUGUUCAGGGUCAGCAUAUUUACUAGAGCCUGGGAACUUGUCAUCUUCUAUUCCAAAUUCAGGUGGAGGUAUGUUUUGUGGUUUGUUGCCAUAGGGAAUAAGUAACAUGUGCAAGUUUGGGGAAUUCUUCUUGAAUGCCAGAGUCCCCAAUGCACGGGUUCCAUAUUCCCCCAUUGUCAUCAUUUUUCAAUGGGAGAGAAGUCUUGCUGCCCUUCUGCAAUGAGAACAUGGUGGGGGGGAUGUGGUACAUUGGAGGGCCAUUAUGGGCAAUUAAUUAUAUCUUACAGUUCUAAGUACAAUACAAGUAAUUAAUAAAACAGACUAGGCACAAAGCAGAAGCAUAGAGAAUAGAUAAUUGAUCAAUCUGCAAUUCAUACUUAACUAAUGCUGAAACUAAUGGUUUUGCCUGUGAUGUUUAACCAAUACUAAUGAGUGAGAAAUGCAAGAUUUCAGAGUAUGAAGGUCCUUUUCCUAUUACUGCCCCUCACUGCCUGCUGUCAGCCAAUAAAGAUUAAGUGAUUUGCCCAGCCACAUAGCUAGGAAGUGUCUGAGGAGAUAUUUGAACCCAUGAACUCUUGUCUCUAAACUUGGCUUUCAAUCCACUGAGCCAUCUAGCUGCCCCACUUGAUAAACCUUUUAACAGAUGAAUGUUCCACAAUUCUUUAAAAAAAAAAAAAACACCUUUUCUUGACCUAGGGAAAGAGCAAAGAAAUACAGACAAGAUCAUUUAAGAGGAAAAUAAAUCUGUGUAUUCCAUAAUUUCCACUUUUGUGGUAGUUAUGCAUCACGACUACAAAAGAAUGUCGUUUUCCUAAAGACUGACAUUUUUCAUUCAUUUCCUACUUGUCUUGUUGAAAACAAAAAUUCAUGGCAAAAUGAUGAGAUGAUAUAAAACACACUUAAUAUGAUACAUUUUAUAAACUUGACUACCUUUUAAUUUUCAUGAAGCUGUUUUCUUCUCAAGGAAUAGGCUUUUCACAGGCAAUAAAUCCUAGAGAUCCUUCGGUUUUCAAAUUUGUUUGAAGGGGGCCAGUGACAUCACUGGGUGCUGUGUGAAUUGAUUUAAGUCAAGCAGGGUUGCACAAAGUUGUCAGUCUCUCUCUGUCUUCCAGAGUCAUCACAGUCCUUUGGCUUUGUCAAGAAGACAAGUCAGGAAGACUGCUGAUGGCUUUGGAUGAAGUGGGUGGCCCUGAGGGCUUCAGUGUCUGACCAAGCUCUAAACACUCCAGAACACCUGGAACAAAUUGUCCUCCCCUGCCCAUUCCACACUGCGACGUCUUCACAUGCUGGCAGACUCUCCCAGUCACUGAAGGGUUGGGGACCUGUCAGUUAUCCUCCACCUGGCCAGAGCAGCCAGUUUACUGGGAUGAGGCCAACGCUCUUGGCAUAGCUUCCAGCCACAGGUAAGAGAUAAGUGAAAGGAGACCCGAAAGGUGGAUGGGCACAUCGGGGCGACUGUUGAUAGCCAGAGCCCCAGGCAUAUCUCGAAAAUACCGCCGCCUCCAGACUACAAUUCCCAGAGGGCCAUGCGAGCUGAGGUAGUCUCCAAAUUCUUUAGGGUCAGAGAAGGUUAUUUCCGUAUAUGUCACUCCCACCAGCCCUCUCUCCAACUCUUUCUUACUCUAUCAAAACCGUUUCCCCUUCCCUGUCUUGAGCUGACCCGGGUUGGGGUGGAUGUGAGCCCAAAAGCGGCAGGCGGAAGUUUUGUGGAGCUGUUCCUCGACUGGUUGGAGAAACGGGGUACAAAGCCGACUGCUGUAACCUCUGCUCGCUCCGAGGAGAAGGGGAUGACCUCGGCGCCCUUGCAAGCCAGGCCCUGCCGGGUCUCAAUGACAUUCAAGGAUGUGGCUGUGGAAUUCACGUCAGAGGAGUGGGGAUGUUUGAAGCCAUUUCAGAAAAAGUUGUACAGGGAUGUGAUGCUGGAGAACUAUAGGAACUUGGUCUCCUUGGGAUUUACAGUUUCCAAACCAGAUGUGAUCUGCCGAUUAGAAAGGAAGAAAGCAUCUUGGAUGCCAGAAGCAGAUGUUCCAAGAAGCAGCUCUGCAAAGAUCAAAGGACUAAUUGAAGAUGAUCUUUAUGAAUGUAGUGAAUGUGGGAAGGCCUUCAGAAAAAAGAGAGAACUCACUGUGCAUAAAAAAAUCCAUGCUGGAAAAUGUCUUUAUGAAUGUAAGGAGUGUAAGAAGACUUAUCGCUUCAUCUCAGCUCUCAAGCGACAUCAAAAUAUUCAUACUAAAGAGAAACCUUAUGAAUGUAGUAAAUGUGGGAAGGCCUUUGGGGUGGAGUCAUAUCUUACUAAGCACUGGAGAAUUCAUACUAGAGAGAAAUAUCAUGAAUGUAAAAAAUGUGGAAUAGCCUUCACAAAUAAGACACAGUUUACUUUGCAUCAAAGAAUUCAUGAUGGAAAGAUUGUUCAUAAAUGUAAAGAGUGUAAGACGACUUUCCUCUAUAUCUCAGAUCUCAAGCGCCAUCAAAAUAUUCAUACUGGAGAGAAACCUUAUGAAUGUAGUAAAUGUGGGAAGGCUUUUAGGACAAAGGGACAUCUGGCUGAGCAUCAGAGAAUUCACACUGGAGAGAAACCUUAUGAAUGUAGUAAAUGUGGGAGGGCCUUUCUGAUGAAGUCAUAUCUUACAAAGCAUCAGAGGACUCAUACUAGAGAGAAACCUUAUGAAUGUGGAGAAUGUGGGAAGGAAUUCAGGAAUAGGGCUCAAUUUAUUGCACAUCAGAAAAUUCAUGCCAGGGAAAAUCUCAAUUAAUAUAGUGAAUGUGGGAAGGGCUUUGGGAGAAAAUCAUAUCUUACCAAACAUGAGAGAAUUCAUACUGGGGAGAGGCCUUAUUAAUGUACUGAAUGUGGGAAGACCUUCAUAUUGAAGAUACAUCCCUUUUUUUUUAAACUUUUUAAAAUUUAUUUUUAAUUAAAUUUUAUUUUAAAAUAUUUUUCCAUGUUUACAUAAUUCAUUUUCUUUUGUAAGAAUUUAAAAUUUAGGAUUUAUGCUAAUAUGAAAGUUCUAAAGUAAUAUUGUAGUUACCAGUUUAAAAAAUCAACUCAAGUCACAAGUCUGUUAGCUGCUCUUAACAAUUUCGUUUGAUAGAGAUUAUAGUAAAAGAGAGAAAUUUUAAGAAGGAAAUAGAAAGUAUUGCCUAGCUAAGGACCCUAUAAUUUCUGUACAGCUCACCAUCCAGCAAGGGCUCUCAAGUCAUGAUCUCCACAUUGUAUAAAUGGAGAUUUUGAACGCUAGACUUAAUUCCCCAGAAGUCCUUGGUAUUUUCCAGAAUUCCCUAUAAUAUCUCCUGAGGCUCCAAGUUGGCAAGAUAACUUUAUUUGUAUUUAACUGGCAAUAAUGCUGCCCACGCGGUCUCUCUUCCUUUUCAAUGAUGCAGCAAGUAUGGUGGUAAGGUGGGAAUGGCUGAAAUGGCUAACCAGCCAUGGGCAUGUUGUAGUUUUUAUUUUGUAUCUUCUUGAUUCCUUUAUUUCUAAUGAUCCUUAAUAAAUGUCAUGAAAUAUAACAUUUUUGUUAUUAGAGAUAUAAUUCAAUUUUUACAGUUUUUGGCGACCAGAAGGGACAAGAAUUACUCUCAAAAGAAAUUUUUUUAAGAUAGCCUAGAUAAUUUUUUUAAGCCACGUUUCUCCUGCCAAGGCUUUUUGCCAACCCCACCUACCCAUCCACCCUUGCAAAGCCAUUUCUCCUGAUUCAGCUCACUCCUGCCUCCAGCCAUCCACUCCUUACCUUCUUGACCCAGAUCGCUCACCUGGCCCAGCUCCAGCCUCAGGCUCCAGCAACUCUACUCCUGAUCUCCGGGCUCCAAGUCAGAUUGCUCAUCCAACCCCAGGACCCAGGCUUCUGGUAACUGGCACUGUGUCUUUGGAAUCACAAUCCAACUGAUAAAAACUGGGGUGUUUUUUCCUUAGGCAACAAUUAGCCUCCACAUGGCAGGGAACCUCAGGGGGGACGGCGAGGAGAAGGAAGAGACUUUUCCAAGCAGGAAGUUGAUUACAAGCAUUGCAUAUUCUCUGAGAGAGUAGUGCAUUGCCUAUUUCAAAGGAUGUUUUUUGAGUGCACUGAUCCUUUUACUUAUCUUACCUGAGGUUCAGGGGAGAAAUUCAUCUCCCUGAAACUCUUUACCAUUUGUGCCUGCCCGAUUUGAGAUUCCUAAAAUCCAUGUUCUCCCUCACUAUGGGAGAUCCCACAGUACUGACAAAAGGAAUCUCAACAAAUUAAAAAAACAAAAACAAACUUUAAAGAGACUAAAGGUUAUAUUUUUAACUUUUCAGACUCCAAUGUUUUAGAAAAGCCUCUGUAUUUUUUUAUUUUAUUUUGCUGAUUGUUUUGUUUAAGAUUUAAUUUUGUGGGUUUAAGUUCAUAUAUUAAUGUAUUCAAUACUAUUCUGUUACACUGAAUCAUUUUAAUGUACUGGGUUUUAACAACUGUUAUAUUCUGUUGCUUUUCCCCUAUAACUAUACUGAACAAAUAUUGAAUAAGCCACUAUAUAAAAACAUCCUUUUUUCUAUUUUGACUUUGUAAAUUCUCACAUAGAGGAUGGAUGGACUUCAUCAAAACUGGUUACAAUUGUAUAACAACCUUUAGAAAAUUUAAUGAGUUAAAUAUCUCAAAUUGCUUUUAAGGGGUAUCCAAAGAUGAAUUUUAGAUUUUUUUCCCAACAACUCUGAUCAUUUUGCCUGCCUCUAACAGGAGAUAAGGUCCAUUUUGGUAGCUGAAGUGAAAUGCAAUUAUAAUCCCCACCUCCCACAUUUAUAAAAAUUUGAAUGGAUUGGACAUCAUAGUCUCAUACCAAAGGAGCUGGGAAGUUAAUCCCAGGGCAUGGUACCCCUGGAUGGCUCCCAAAAAAGGAGCAUCUCUCAUUUAUAACUCUUCAGCUCACUUUACCCUUUCACCAAAAUGAUCUCUAGAUUCUUGGUGACAUUUUUAGACCCAGCAUCAACAGUACAGAGAUUUGUUUUUUUCCAGACUCCUCUGCCACAUUUUUGUAAUGAUGGCAGUAAUAGAAUUUUUAAAAAGUAUCUCAGCCAAGGUUGAAAUAUUGCUACACCUGGAAAACUUGUGACAAAUAUCCAUCAGUUCAUAGGGUUUUUUUUUUUAAUGUCACACAGCAAGUUAUUUGAUAUAUGAUAGUGGGUUUUUUGCUAUUGUAAUUAACUUGGCUAUUAUGAAUUUGGGACUUGGGUACUUCUUUGAAUUCAUUAUCUACUGUGUUACUGUUUCAUUCUGAAAAUCAUUUUGUACUCUCAUAUGGCUGAUGUAGUGUGUCACUGAUUAUAAGCUACAUAUUUUUUUGAUUUUUAAAAUAAUCUUUGAUUUUUUUCCUUGCAUGUGCAAUAUAGUAUCUGAGUUUUAUUUUUUCUUUCCUUUUUUUAUUUGAAGCACGUCACCAGUAUUGAGAAGAUUUUCUUUAACAUUUUUGAUUUUGCAGUAACAUGAGUCUAAAAUGUAGUUGCUAUAAUGUCAAUAUAUACCCAAAAGCCUUUAGACUAUAAAAAAGGAUGCCAAUAAUUGGUUUAAAAAAUUAUGGGACUUUGCUUAAUGAUUCUGUCUGAUUCCAGGACAAGAGAAUAGAAAAAGAGCUAUUGCACAGGCCAAAGAAGCACAAAGCUAAACUGCAUAGUGCCAAUCCAGCACAAGGUCAAAGAGACCAACCAGUCCCGAUGGGGUUGAUGAAUGUUUUGAGCCAUGGCAAGAGGACUUGAACAUGUUUGGGGUUUGAGGUUGCAGCUAUUUAACAUGUGUUAAAGGCAGGUCUUCCUUGUCCCACAUUCUACCAAGUACCUCAAAUUUGGCUCCUACGUGGCUCCUAAAAAAAUCUAGUUCCUAUUCUGUCAUUCAUAAUGUGGCAACUUUCUGGAGUCCUGGCUACUGAUUGUGUAAAUGCUUAAUUGCUUAUAUCAUUUUAAUUGGGCCCUGAUUCAAAGACCUAUUAUAGAUUUUUUUCCUUUACUUAGAAUUUUUACACAUAAGACUUUGAUAGUCUAUAUUUCAUCCAGAAAUUAUCUUUUUUUAUUUGGAAUUUUUUUGAUGUUUUUUAUUUCUCUUGCCAAUUGAUUCACAUACCUCAUAACUCAGCCAUGCAUUCCUAAGUGAUCCCUGUGUUUUUCAAUCACCAUCUUCAGGGGGGAAAUGUAUAAUUACUAUUAUUUUAAAUUGCAAAGUUUAAAUUCCUUUUGAGAGUAAUUUUAGGUUAAGAAACAUGCUGCCUCUCCGAAUCCAGAAAGUGAAUUGUUUGGAGAAGACACCAUGAAGAUGCCUCCACAGACCACAUGCUGCACCAGAAGAUCCAGAGUGAACUUUGGUAUGUGGUGAUUUGAACUGUAUGAGGUUUGUGACAUGGAAAUAACUUUAAAAGACUGAUAUAUAUUAAUUUAAGGUCGCCAAGGAAUUCAGCUAUGUAAUUCCUAAAUGAAAACUCAAGGCAGCAGUCAAACUUUUAUGGAGUUUUUAAUUACAAACAGGAGGACUGAAAGGUAUUAGAGAGAGAGAGAGAGAGAGAGAGAGAGAGAGAGAGAGAGAGAGAGAGAGAGAGAGAGAGAGAGAGAGAGAGAGAGAGAGAGAGAGAGGAGAGAAGGGAAUAGGGCUUAAAUAUCCCCUCUGUUUAGGCUGGGCCAAAGGCCCAAGCCCUUAGAUAGCUGAGGCAAAGAAAAGAGAUCAGUCCCUAUCACUCACAUGACCAAAAUGGAGAAACAGUCUCAGGGGCCUCCACUCCAAGCACCAGGCUCCAACAACCACACUCUCCCUCCAUACAGGAAGUCCCAGCCUCCUCAGCUAUCCUCUACCUCACUUCCUCUGUCUCACCUGUGCUAAUGGUGGCUCUAGCUUAACCCAGGACCUCCCAGAGGUCUGCCCCACUUUGCACAUGUCUGUUGAAGGUCAUAUUCUCAAAUAAUUAAAUCUUGAUCUUUGCUGCAGCCCUUCCUAAAUCCUGUUACUCUGAGAAGGGUGGAGAUUGUAAGUUCCAAGACCUGGUUCUGUCACUCCAAGUAUUUCUAUUGUAUCAAUUCUAAAAUCAAUCAUGACUCAAAGAACUUCCUGUUCUAUGCUAAAGUAUAGGUCAAAGCCCUUUCCAUUGUUUAGCAAAAGGUUUCUGUCCUAAAGUAGUCUUAAGUAGGGAGGAGAAGGACCCUCCCAUGCCAAGGGUUUUCACAUUCCAAUAGAGUUCUUACUAUCAAUAGGAAAUUUUUCAAGUAUGAAAUUUCCCAAUGGGGAAAUUUCCAACAUUCAUAAGUCUAAGAAAUUUUAAGGUUUACAGGUUUGGAUGCAUUUCUUUUGUAUGUAUAUUCUUAUGCCAAAGGGGACUGCUCCCUAACAGGCUUUUUGUCAAUGCACUUAGCAAUUAUUGGUUUUGUUCUCUUUUCCUCUUAGCCUCAAAUUGUUGUAAUUUCAGACCUGGAAUGCUUCCAAGUCCCACUGGAGAGACUAGAAUUCCAUGGGUCUUAGGGAGGAAUGUAUGAAUGGAGAUUUUGAACCCUAGACUUCAUUCCCCAGAAGUCCUUGGCAUUUCCUAGAAUUCCCUAUAAUCGUUCCUGAGGCUCCACAUUAGUGAGAUCAUGUUAUUGGUAUUUAACUGGCAAUAACACCGCCCAUGUGUUCUCUCUUCCUUUGCAAUGAUGCAGCAAGUAUGGUGGUAAGGUGGGGAUGGCUGAAAUGGCUAACCAGCCAUGGGCACAUGUUUUUUUUUUUUAAUUUUGUAUCAUCUUUAUUCCUUGAUUUCUAAUGGUCCUUAAAAAAACUCACAAAAUAUAAUAGUUUUAUUAUUAGAGGUAUAAUUUAAUUUUUACAAUGUGGAGUCAUGAUAGUCUCUUAAGCCAGGAGUCUCGGUGGUAUAAAGGAUAAUUUUAAUUUUGUGACUUGAAAUCUAAAUAAUUGGUUGCCAGGGAAAAUUCCCAAAUAAUAAAAUACUCAAGUCAACUGGGAAAUAUGGUGAUUUUAAUUAAUAUAAAGAGAAGGAAUUAAGGAAAGGAGAGAGGAAGAGAGAGAAAAGAGUUAAUUUAAACUGCUCUGGCUCAGGCUGAGCCAGGCAGUAGUUAAAGGCCUUGGCCCAAGUGGCCUCUCUGAGCCCAAGGGAAAAGGAAUCAGUCUUAUCACUCACCAUGAGACUGUCCAUCUCCAGGAAGCUGUCUGAGGGGGAUCCUCCAGGCCAAAUUCCAGUCCUCACUGAACUGAACUCCGAAUCUAAUUGCACUCUGAACUGAAUUGCCUGAACUGACUUUUUUAGCCUCCUUUAAAAAAUUUUCUCUUAUGUCAUUUCCUCUAAAUUUUCACAUCUACCAAUCACAGUAGACACUUUUUCCAAGACUGCCUAUUCUUUACUUCUCACCUUCUUUGAUUAGAUUUUCUCAAGGACUAUCCACUCUUUAGUUCUCACCUUCUCUGGUUAGAUUAUAUCUUCUGAAGUACUUCACACUUCUUCAUUAAGCUUGCCUUUUUGUGAGUUACUUGACCUUUUUGUGAUUAAUUUAACCUUCGUAGGUACUUAACACCCUUUUGUAUUAUAUCUAAAAAUAGACUUAGCUUAAGUUUUAGCUUCACUAUAAGGUAUGAGUUAAGUACCUUCGUUGUUCAUUUAGGAGUUUACAACUUUAUCUUCCCCUAAAGUAUGUCCAAUUAGGGUGGAGUAAUUUCCAAGUUCAUAGUGGUGUCUUCAGUAAGGGUUCCACCAACACAACCUCCUUUAGGAAAGGAAGGCCUGACUAGAACCAAUCUCUCCAGAAACCAGGAAAGAAAGGCCAGUUACUCACCCAGCAAGCCAGUGCAGAAUCCAGGGAAAGAGUCUCUUCUUUCAGUCCAACAAGCCAACACAGAGUCUCCAAAGACAAACUCCAAAGGACAAGUCCCUUGGGCAGGAAGUUCAGGACUUUUAUAGUCCUUUUCCACAUCACUUCCUGUCCCUUUUCCACUUCAUGGGAACCAAUCACAGUCUUUUAAUUUGCCUAGCACUGCAUAAGGGUGGGGCAGUAGCCUUUGGGAUUGUCACCCACUUUAGCAAGUGACUCGCAAACUCUCUUAGUGUCAAGUAGGGGUACUUUAAGUUCUUUGAUUUGGUUAGCUAAAAAUAGACAAGGGGAGAGUUAAUCCUGUCUUCACACUUUGGCUCCCCCCACCUCCAAGAGCCAACAAGCAAUUCCAUGGGGUUGUACAAAUGCUAUCACUUGAUACCUGUUUCCAUAUCAUUCAUUUUUUUCUAUAGUGUGAUCUUUUCAAGCCUAAAUCCCAAAUCAUAUACCCAUAAAUACAUGUGAUAAGUGAUAUCAUAUGUUUUGCUUUUGCAUUUCUACUCCCAUUGAUCUUUCAAUGUGGUUAGCAUUCUUUCCCAUAAGUCCUUCAGGAGUGUCCUGGCUUGUUGCAUUGCUACCAGUAGUAAAGUCUGUUACAUUGGAUUGUUCCACAAUGUUUCACUUUUUGUGUAAAAUGUUCUCCUGCUUCUGCUCAUUUCACUUUGCAUCAGUUCAUUGAGGUUCUCCCAGUUCACAUGGAAUUCCUCCAAAUCAUCAUUCCUUACAGCACAGUAGUGUCCCAUCACUAUCAUAUACCACAAUUUGUUCAGCCAUUCUCCAAUUGAGGGAUACCCCUUCAUUUUUUAAUUUUUUGCCACCACAAAGAAUAUGGCUAUGAAUAUUUUUGUACAAAUAUUUUCCUUAUUAUCUCUUUGGGGUACAAAUUUAGCAGUGGUAUUGCUGGAUCAAAGGGUAUGCAUUCUUUUCAAACCCUUUGCACGUAAUUCCAAAUUGUCUUCCAGAAUGUCUGGAUUAAGUUAGAACUCCACCAAUAAUGCAUUAGUGUCCCAAUUUUGCCACAACUCCUCCAACAUUUAUUACUUUUCUUUACUGUCAUAUUGGCCAGUCUGUUGGUGUGAGUCAGUACCUCAGCAUUGUUUUGAUUUGUAUUUAUCUAAUUAUGAGAAAUUUAGAUUGCUUUUUCAUGUGCUUAUUGAUAGUUUUGAUUUCUUUAUCUGAAAACUGCCUAUUCGUGUCCCUUGACCAUUUGUCAAUUGGAAAAUGACUUGAUUUUUUUUUGUACAAUUGACUUAGCUCCUUAUAAAUUUAAGAAAUUAGACCUUUUUCAGAGGUUUCUGAUAUAAAAAUUUUUCCCCAAUUUGUUGCUUCCCUUCUAAUUUUGGCUGCAUUUGGUUUUGUUUGUACAGAAAAUCUUUAAUUUAAUAUAGUCAGAAUUAUUCAUUUUAUAUUGUGUAGUAUUCUAUGCCUCCUGCUUGGUCUUAAAUUCCUUCCUUUCCCAUAGAUCUGACAGGUAUACUAUUCUAUGUUCACCUAAUUUGUUUAUGAUUUCUCUCUAUAUUUAAGACAUUUAACCAUUCUGAAUUAAUCUUGGUGUAGGGUGUAAGAUGUUGAUCUAGACAAUAUUUCUCCCAUACUAUUUUCUAAUUCUCCCAGCAGUUUUUGUCAAAUAGGGGUUCUUGUCCCAAAAUCUGGUAUCUUUGGGUUUAACAAAUACUGUCUCUCAAUUUUUAUUUACCCCAAGACUAUUCCAUUGAUCCACCUUUCUGUCUCUAAGCCAGUACCAUAUAGUUUUGAUGAUCACUCCAUUAUGGUAUAGUUUGAGAACUGGUUUGAAGAUGAAUUUUACUCAACAUCAAAUAAUUAAUUAAGGAAAGAAUCCUUAAAAGUAUAGUGCAUGUGGGAAGGCAUUUAGACUGAGGACACUAUCCUGGAGAGAUUCCUCUGGAAAUUCAUGUAAGUAAUGUGAGAUUGAUGUGGGCAUUGUACCCCCAGAAGCUCAGGCAAUCUAUUAUCAGUAAAAUUCCUUUGCUCCCAUACAUCCUCAUGACUCCUAACCUAAAACAUCUAAUGACCCCUAUAGGACACUGAGAUGAUUGUCCUCCUUUUAUCCUUCUUUAGAUUUAAGAUGGACAGCUUUUCAGAGGUCUCAAUUAUUUCUUUUUUUAUUAUUGACUUUUUUUCAUCCUGAUGAAUUUUCUCAUUAUUUUUCCUACCUGCACAAUGUAAUUCUUUGGUAGUUUGGUUGGUAUGACAAGAAAUAAGUAGAUUAAUUUAAUAUUUUUAAUUUAAUUCUAAGUUUAGUAUUAGAUUUAAUUUAGUUGUAAUCAUAAUUUUAUUAUAUUUGUUUGGCUCACUUAACAAUUAAUACUUCACAUGCUUAGAUCUAAUUUUUAUUUAUGUGAAGAGUAAUUUUAAAUUUUAUUCUUGACAUAUUUUAACAGGUAGACUCCAAAUAUUUUAGAUUGUCUUUUUGUAGUUCUUUUAUGUAGAACUAUCUCUUCCUACAGUUUUGUUGGUAUAGAAAGGCUGAUGAUUUAUGUGGGUUUAUUUUAUAUGCUACAAUUUUGCUAAAGUUGUUCACUGUUUCAAUUAGUUUUUUUAGUUGAUCCUCUAGAGUUCUCUACUAUACCAUCAUAUCAUCUAUAAAGAGUGAUAGCUUAUGACCUUUGUUAUAUAUUAUAGUCUUGCAAAUAUUUUAUUUAAAACUUUUGCCUCAAUUAUGGAAAAUUAGUAUGUAGGUGGGGUUUUUUCUGUUUUUCUUGUUUUAAGUAUCUAACACCAUAUGUGUGUUAUGAAAGGAAUUUAAUUGAACCCCUUUUUCCCACUAUUUUGUUAAACAAUUUAAUGUAGUAUAGGAAUUCAUUUUUCUAUAAAAAUUCAAUGGAGUUCACUUAUAAAUCCUUUUGGCCCUGUUUUUUUUUUCCUAAGAAAACUCAUUUAUGGCUAAUUCAGUUUCUUUUUUGUAGAUAUUCACCUAUCUCAUUGAGAUUGUCAAUUUUAUUGUCCUGAGGUUGGGCAAAAUAGCUCCUAAUAUAUAUUUUUAAAUUUCAUCUUCUUUUGGGAUUAUCUCAACAUGAUAGACUUGCUCUCUGUAAUAGUUAAAAAUAAAUUAUAAAGCAGUUAGUAGGUUUAUUACAUCAAAGUAGUGAUAGUAAAGAGAGGGAAAUAAGCUCAGCACUGAUGGGGGAGUGGGGAGAGAGAGAGAGACAGAGACAGAGAGACAGAGAAAGAGAACGAGAGAGAGAGAGAAAGAGAGAGAGAGAGAGCAGUCCCUUGGUCUCACCUUAUAAGCAGUUUUCCCCAUCCACUAGCUCUCUAACAUCACUUCUCAGGAACCAAUCAUAGUUCCUUAAUUUGCCCUGUGGAAUCAGUUUCCUGUCUCACUCUCAACUUCCUUUCUCUGAAGGUUUGUCUGUACUUGCACAUCUAAAUGGUAAAGGAUCUUCAGGUUCCUGAUUGAUGACGUCAAACAAAGCAACAUAAUAGGGAGGGGAGUUUCUUUUCCACAUCUCUAAGUAUAUCAAUAAUUGCCUUAAUGAUGACGUUCUUAGGGGUUAUAUAUGUCAUCUUGCUUUAGCAAAUGUAAACAGUAUAACUGUUAAAUCCCUUGGUAUAUUUCUCACUCAUGGUACCUUUUUGCUUCUCUUGAGAUGUGUGUUUGAAUGUCAAAUUUUUUGUUGAGUUUUGGUCAUUCCAACAAGAGUGCUUUAAAGUCUUCUAAUUCAUUAAACAUCCAUUUUGCUCCCUUAAGAAUUAUAUUUGAUGAGUAAGUUAUUCUUAAUAAUCUCCUGUAUCAAGUUGUUUGUUCUCUUUUUAUAAUUUUCUUGCAUCUUAUUUCUUUCCCCAGUUUUCCCUCUACCAUGUUUCAUAAUUUUUUAUCUUUUCAGGACCUCCAAAUUAACCACUUUCUAAUGCCUCUCAUUUUUCUGAGUUGCCCUGUCCUAGCAGCCCAGGACUCAAACAAAACUAUUGAGCAUAUCUCACCCAAUCAAGAUGUGAGAUGAGCUUGGCUCAGGAUGAACUCUGCUACUGUCAAUCUGUUACUAUCAAAACCACAGACCAGAACCAUGGGUCAACUCAGACCAGCCAUGUCAUCUCUGAGUAAUGGAAAACACUUGCAAGAAUCACUUCCCAGCCAACAGGGCUAUCAUCGAUAGAUUUUCAAUUGCCAAAACAAAACUGACUGUCCCUAUCUUUGAUGAAUUCCUCUCAGAUUCUGUCUUGUCACUAAGCAAACUUUACCAUUGUUACAGCUAUACCUUCUUUGUCUAGUCACAAGUAUAUGUAUCAAAGCUCAACCGUGGCAUUUUGGGCUAGACUUGAGUGAGAAUCUCCUUUUCAUACCAUGACUUGCCCUUACUCUUCAUUAGAAUAAAACUUUGGUUAAUUUUAAGCAUCUGAUGGGUUAUUGAACUUGUUCUGUAAUUCCAUUUGAAUGGGUGUCCUACAGUUAAUGGUGUCUGAAGUAGGAAUUGAAGUUUAGCAAAGGAAUCCUACCACCUGGGGUUGGACUCAUUGUAUAACAGAUGUCUAUUGUAUCUCACAUAACUUGUGCCCCCGUGACUAGGUGCAUGGCUUCUCUCCUGUUUCUGAGCUUCUAUUUCAGACAAGCUCUCCCUAUUUCUCUUGAAGGUUAAAUAUUUAGAGUGCCAUGACUACAGGGUGGACCUCCUAGCCCUGACUCUUCAAUUUGGAAGUCUUUUUGACUUUUAAUAAAGCUUUUUGGGUUUUGAUGAAGUCUUUUGACCUUUAGAAACAGCAUUUUUGGGGAUUUCCUUUUUGGCUACUGUGUGGGAAAUAUUGGAACUAUAUAUUCAGUCUAUGGAUCAGAUACUUGCAAGUUUCUUGGUAAUUGUCAAAAUCUAAAUAAAAUCCCCAUCAUUGCUGGCCAGCAUAAUGUACAUAUGGCCAGGACAAAAUUAAUUUCUUAAGAAAAUUAGAUAAGUCGGGAAAGAAUAUCAAACCAUUCAAAUGGGUUGCCUUUAACAAAUGGUAAUUAAAAAAAAACUAAAAGAAAAGUCAAAGCAAUCUUCAUUCAGUUAAAAGAAUGCUUAAGUAUAAUGAAAGUAGAAAGUCAGAGGGUUGAGGACUACCUUCAUUCCUUGCAGUCAGACUUAAUUCUGGAACUAGUUUAGUUCCAUUAACUUUCUUGGCAGAGCCAGCCAUGUCAAGAGAAGACCCUGGCCCCUCACUGAAAGCCUUAUAGAAAAAAAACUCCCCAGUAUUUUCCAGUUAAUCUUUUACCAGUGGGGCUUUUUUCAUAAAUGACUGCCUCCUGAGGUCCAACUCCUGCUCUUAAUCCCUAGUUCUUCUGAGCUAAAAUAUGAUUUAGCUUUUUUUAUUCUUUCCAUUAAGUCUUCAAAAAUCAAUUGUCCUUGUUAAGGUGACCUUCACUCAGACCUGGGAUGUUUUAGUUUGAGGAUAUGUUCCUGGUGGUUAAAUUUUAAUUUUAUUUUGUUUUUUGAAGUUGCAACAAAAAAUGGGUCCCAAUAUAGUGAGAUACUUUCAUGUUCCCCAUUGGACAGAUCUUUGAUAACAUGGACUAGGACUUCCUACAGAUAGUAAAAGGAAUGACUAAAUACCAUGCUAUUAAAUUAUGUCACAUAUGACAUAAAUCCAUAAUAAAUUCAUCUGAUAAUAUGUUUUUGUUAAAUCUAGUUUUCUCAUUAUUGCAAAUUCAAAAAGUCAUGAAUAGUAAAUAUGUCAUAAUUUGCUUUGGUUAAUUUGGCUAUUAUGAUUAUAGAAAAUUAAAGAAAAAAAUAAAUUGACUAGUCAUGGAAAAAUUUUAAUCAUAAACCCAUGAACUUUUGGUUUUGCAGGGAAUUUUUUAAAUCAAGGUUUCUGCCUACCUCCCCCUAAAAGGGAAUUCUUCCUUAUGUCUUGUCUAUGUUCUGGCUUAUAGUUUUGUCUGUGUUUUUGUUUAUGGGUCUGUCUUAUCAUUUUGUUUGUGUUUUUUUAUCUUUGUAAAAUAUAUAAAAAUCAUUGUCUUGUUUCUUUUUUAGUAUUUAUAGAUUUUUGUUACCUUGAAAAUUUUCUAAAAUGGGAGAUGCAGUCAACCAGGAAGACUCCUAAAAAACAGUAGCAAAAAGUUUAUACCCUGGGAGAGAUCAGUGAGGUUUCAUACUUGAAAAGCAGCUUUCUCAGGGAGCAAAACUAGUUCUUCCACCUUGGGUUUUCAGAGGAAGAUUAGUUUAUUAGAAAAGAAAGAGACUAUAGCCACAAUCUGGAUAUGGUUGCAGAAUGACUACCAGGCUGUCUCAGGAUUGUUAUAGCAAUACCUGAUUUGUUUAAAACCACUGCCAAUAUUGUUCUGGGAAAAGGGCUAAGAGUCUAUCCUCCACACUGUGAAAGCCCCCUUAGCUCCCAUCACACAGUAUUUUCCAGUUAGCAUGCUGAUUUGAUGUGAGGUAUCUCUUCUCUCGGCCAGAUAUGUCUGUAACUCAGUGCAAUCUCUCAAAUCCUGCCACCUUUUUGCCAGAAUCCCUUGAUGAUGGAGCUAACUCUCAUAACAUUUGCUCUGACUGAUGCUAUCCUCACCCCCAGAAAAGACUUAGCUGAUGCUCCACUUCCUGAUUGAUAACAUUCCUUAUUGAUUAAUUGUGUGUCCUGUGGUGAGUCCAAUGUCUCUGAGAGAGAGGCCGGAGAGAGGAAGUGAAGUGAAAUAUAUAGAUCAUUCUUUAUAUCACUUCCUGCAUCUCACAUGCAGUGGGGGAAUUGUCAGCUUACACCAUUCCCACUACCUCUAAACUUUGUUAAGGGUAAAAUUAGGGUUGUUGACUGAAUUUAUUAUUUUAGUGGUCACCAGGGAUUCAAUUCAAUCCCAAUAAAAUACUCAAGUCAGUUUGGGAUUUUUAUGGUGGUUUAAUGACAAUAGUAGGAAGAAAUUAAGAAGGAGAGAGAGGAAGGGGUAUAAGAUUUCUCCAGCCUAGCCUAAGCCAAAGGAACUUCAGAGAACUCAGCCAGGAGGCCUCCUCAGAAGAGUAAAUCUAGCUUGGCUUCCAGUCAUGAGGUCUCCUCCAAGAUGAGGGGUCUCCUAGGAGGAUAGUGCUUUAGGAGGUAAAGGAAAAAAGGAAUCAGCCUAACCACUCACCAGACUUGCUCAGGGAAGAUGCCUCACCUAACCACGCUACAAAGCUUCUCCCAGUAACCUCGCUGCCAAACUGCAAAUGCCAGACUGCCGCCAGGAGCUCCCAACCUCCCCAAGAGAGCCCAAUGCCCCUGAGAGAGAGAGUCCAAUGUCUCUGAGAGAGAGGCUGGAGAGAGGAAGUGAAGUGAAAUAUAUAGAUCAUUCUUUACAUCACUUCCUGCAUCUCACAUUUACCAAUGGUAGCUUAAGCUUGACUUAGGACAGCCCAGGGGAUCUGUCAGUUGUUUCUGAUUUGUCACUUGCUAGCACAUGUCGGUCAUAGGCCAUUCUCUUCACAGUUAAUCCUUAAGUGGGGGUGUAUACAUUCCUGGUUGCUAGAAUUCUAAAGACUAAGCAGGGUGGAGUAAAUCUAAAAUUCACAGCUUGUAGAAUUAUUAAGCUUUAUCCCAGGCCACCUGGUUAAGCAGAGAUGGAAAUAGGUGUCAGAGCCUGGGAAUUAGCAAAUAGUAAAUGAAAUUUAACUAUUUGGAAAAUAAGAGGAUAUUCAUAGUAUUCUACUCCUAAGUUAUGAUUAGUGAAGUUUUCCUAUUUGAGGGGAAAAUUCUUGGAUGUACAAUAUGCACUUGUUUUCAGUUUUGAUUCUGAAGAUAUUUUUCUGAAUUGUGAUGAAUCCAAUAGUAAAAUUGGCAUGUGCUGAAAUCUGAGAAAUAAUACUGGUAGAGAUCUAAGUGUGUUCCUGGGAAUAGUUUUGACAACAAUCUUAGCAUGAGUUAAGCCAAGAUCCUCUUGACUCAGCAUUCUAGUUUUUCUUGUUCUUUUCUGAAGAGGAUAUUUUCCUAUCUGCUUAAUCCUGAGUCUUGCUUUUGAUACCCUCUGACUACAUGAUUUGCUGUCAGAUAUGACUUGUGCCUAGAAUCAAACAGAGCCAAGAGAGUAUGAUAUAUGACAUUGUUAUAUCUAUGUCCCUCUUUUUCCUUUCAUAACAAAAAUUCUAUAUUCAAGGCAGGUGAGCAAGAGAAGUUUUGUAAGUACAUUAUUGAACCUAUUAAUUAAUAGAUUGACACUGGAACAUCUCUGAGUUACUAUAAUGGUAUGCAAGUAUGAAAAUUCUUGGAAUUUUAAUGUGUAGUCAAACUAUAUUAUCAGGAUAACAGUUUUGUAAAAGAAAAUUAAAGAAUAGAACAAAAGUAUAAUGUAAAAGUUUUCUAAUUUAAUGAAAUACAAUUUUUCAGAAAGCAACAGGAUUAGAUUUCCCUCAAAGAACUAUAUUUAUAUGUUUUUAUGAUUGGCUCCUAAAUAUAUCUAGUAUGGAAAUUCAGGCUUUGAGUAUGCUUUAGUAAUACGUUCUCAAAAUUGGAUUUAGGAUUUAUCUAUAAAAUCAUAUUGGUAAAUUCUAAAGAAAGUGAAAUUACUUCCCCAUAUUUAAAGUACUUGUCUCAUAAUAUUAAAGGACAGAAGAUUUCAUUUUACAAGGUCAAGCCUCAACAUUUUAUAUGUGUCAUAUCAGGUAUGAAGGUUUAGGUAAAAAUAGAACGAGCAGGUGGUCUAUAAAAACAAAUUCUCUUAAAUGUCAGGGUUAGAGGAUCAAUCACAUUUUAGAGAUUGUACUAAAUUGUAUUAGGUCUUGUUACUGGCAGAUUUUGGCAUAUUUCAAUAUAAGAAUCUCUACAAGUCAUUUAGAAUCAGAGAAACAAAGGUCCUUUUGGAACUGUCCUAAGAAUGAAGCAAAUACCAGAAUGCCCAAGAGAAGAUUUCCAAAAAUCGGACAUAGGACAUCUGGGAUUCAAAAUGAGUAGAUUAAAUGUUGGGAAUGCAUUGCUAGGUGUAGUUGAGGAUUACCUCCUCUUUUCUUUAUUUGUAUUUGCUUAAGAUAAAGUUGUGGACUUGCUUGUCUUUGCUUCAGACAAAGAUGAGGAUUGACCUUCACCCAUCCUAGGACCAAGGAUGGAACAGUAAACAUGAAGGAUGCAGGAUAACAUUUAUGAAAGGCAAAUUGCGAUUAGGUGGGCGUCUAUCCCCUUGUCUGCCCCUCUUCCCCUUGUUUGUAUUUGUAAUAAAUGAAGGAUGUGGGUUAACCUUUGAACACCUGCCUAUCCCUGGACCAAGGUUAGGGUUUCUGGAAUGAAGAAUCAUAAAUUCCUGUGGGUUUUGUCUAAGUAGUCUUUGCCUAUAAAAGUUCUGUGUGAAGCAAAUAAAAUUGGCACUAUUUCUCUCUUUUCA